AUGAUUGUCAAGUUUGUCAAUUUGACAAAUUAUUAUAUGUCAAACAUGGUUUUGUAUUUAAGGAGAUUCAUUGGAGUUAGUUUGUUAGAAAUUAAUUCACAUUCAGUUAACAAGACAAGAUUAUUCUCAACGAGAAAGACGUGGUCGAGUAGCAAAACAGCAUUUUUAGGCAUCUUAGGGUUAAUAACUGGUGGUACAGGAGUCAUAAUUUACUCAUUAGACCAAUCAGUUCAAGCUGGUGAAUUAGAACUGCAUCCUGCGAAAUUCAAGUGGGCUCAUAAUGGAUUAUUCGAUGCUCUGGAUCAUGCAAGCGUUCGGCGUGGUUAUGAAGUCUUCAAGCAAGUGUGCGCCUCUUGUCACUCGUUGAAGUUCGUCGCUUACCGCAAUUUGGUAGGAGUAACUCAUUCCGAGGCAGCGGCCAAAGCCGAAGCUGAGGAGCAAAUGAUAGACGAUGGCCCCGACGAAGAAGGAAACAUGUUCAAACGCCCUGGGAAAUUAUCCGAUUACAUUCCGGCUCCGUAUCCGAACGAAGAAGCUGCGCGCGCUGCCAAUAGCGGGGCCUUUCCCCCGGACUUGAGUUAUAUAGUUUUAGGACGAGAAGGAGGUGAAGACUACAUUUUCUCGCUGCUGACCGGAUAUUGUGACCCACCAGCAGGAGUGACAAUUAGAGAAGGGCAAAAUUACAACCCGUACUUUAUUGGAGGCGCAAUUGCUAUGGCUCAACCCAUAUUCGAGGAUUCAGCUGUCUACUCAGAUGGAACCCACGCUCAUGCCAGCCAGCUAGCUAAAGAUGUCGUUGUUUUCCUCAAAUGGGCGGCCGAGCCAGAAUUCGAUGACAGGAAGCUGAUGAUGCUCAGGAUGUUCGGUUUCUUUGGUUUUUCUAUCGCAUUAGCGUACUACGCCGUGAGGACGAAGGGUAUUUCGAUAAAGACUAGGAAAUUUGCUUUGAAAAGCCAUGUAACUGGUAAACCGCCAGUAACGAGAUCUAAAAAAUGUGAUUAG